CUAGAAUUAGGAUUCGUAAGAUGCGAAAGAUGCCGAAAAACUAUGCUGAAAACAUCUUUAGGAGACCACGAAAAAAGGUUCUGUGAAUUUGGGUCAAAGAAAAAAAACUUCGCAUGUCCAUACUGUCCAUAUAAGAGCGCUAAAUCAGCAGAUAGCAGAAGGCAUCUCAUGAAUGUCCAUGAAUGCCACGACGAGCCUGUCGUAAUCUCCGGUUCGGACUCGGAAUCCAGCAGCAGCUCGGUCUCCAGCUCCAGCUCCGACAGCACCGACGACGACGACGACGACGACGAAGUUUAUCAAGAUAUCAAGAAACUCUUUUGGCGCCGCAUCAAUGCCCCUGGAGCCCCACAAUUCCCAUUGACUGGCUUUGUGCGGUUCACGAUCGAAAAACGCAACGAAAUGAAACGCUGCCAGCCUGGAUGGCACAGCAGGCAACGUGAGGAAUGGCAGCGGCUUUCAAAGGAGCGCAAGGCUCCCUACAUGGAAGCGGCCGCCAAGGGCAGAGCUGAAUACAAAAAGAAGAUGUUCCGAUUCUUCAGGAACAAUCCACAAAUUUUGAAAAAAGAGUUGGCAAAGCUGAAGAUGCCAAAGAUGACCAAAAGAAAGGCCACAGCAACUAAGAGGCAAAACGAGCACGCUUCCGACUCAGAUUAUGAUGACAUCCCAGAUGACCCAGAUGAUGUCCCACCAUCCAAGGUUAUCCGCUUGGGUGCUGCUGGCAAAAAUAAGGAGCCAGUCGCGUCUACAAGCAGACGUUUGUCCACUGAGAGUGUUCCUCCACUGCCUCUCAAUACGCGCCGCACGCCGUCCAGCGCCUACAAAAAUAUCAUGGACUACGAAAGCGACAAAAUAUGCAAACAAAUCCGUUCGCGACUGGCCAGGUCGAUCAUCAAGGGAAAUGCUUCGAACAGCGAGACGCUGCUGGAAGAGUGCUUCAAGGCGGAGACGAAACUAAUACAGGAGGAGUCGAUUGAAAUGAAAUGUUUUCGCGUGUACGUGGAGGAACGCCUUCAGCUUGUCGACAGGCGUCCGUACGAGAAAUACGAGAAAUAUUUCGGCACGUUAGAUGCAGAGUAAAUAGCAUUUCGUGUUCUGUUCUAAGAAUAUUCCUAAUUAUUCCUAAUAAGUGCAUUAAAAUGUAAUAAAAAUAGCUAUGCUAUGUAAAAUUAAUUGAAUUAUGUAUAUUUCAGGCCAUAGCGACGAUAAAUAUACCGAGGAAAAAAACG